CAAAAGGUAAGUGUUUUGAUAAGUACAAUAAUAAUUGUAGAAACCAUAAAUCAUUUUUUAGAUGGAGAAAAUCAAUGAAAUUGUUUAUACAUUUUAUGCAGAAAAUACAGAUUAUAUAAUACAGCAAGAGGUGAAAAUGUUCACUCUGCAAAUGGCACAUUGUCAAUCGACGUAUUCCACUUUUGGUUUAUAUUCAUUCAAUCGAAAGUACAUAUACUCGUGCGUUGGGGUGAUGAUGACAUAUUUGACUAUUAUGAUACAAAUGUCUGAUCCGGUGACAAAAUGAAAUUUAAAUAUCAUAUAAAAGUUGGUCACGAUAAUAAGAAAAGGCUAGUCGUUUUAUUGAUUUUCACAGAAGCAUACUCAAAACACAGACUAUACAUACUAAAGUGAUUAAUUUCUUAUUAAUCUCUAUACUACGAUCUUGGAA